AUGGCAUAUGGUGUUUCGGCAGAUUACAUUGAUGACAACUUGGUGAUGGCAGAGAGCACUGCUAUCUUCUACGUCAAGCAAUUUGCAAUGAUUAUGGUAGAAGUGUUUGGUCCACAAUACUUGAGAGCACCCAAUGCUCAGGACACUCAGAGGCUUUUGGAGAUGAACAAAACUCGAGGAUUUCCAGUCAGCGUGAGCGAGGUGGAGGCGCUCUUCGAGCUCUUCAAGACCAUCAGCGGCUCCCUCAUCGACGACGGCCUCAUCAACAAGGAAGAGUUCCAGCUUGCAUUGUUCAAGAGCAAGAUGGACAAUAUUUUUGCUAACCGGAUAUUUGACCUCUUCGAUGUCAAGAAACGGGGGGUCAUUGACUUUGCUGACUUCGUUCAAGCUCUAAAUAUAUUUCACCCUAGCGUUCCAAUGGAAGAGAAAAUUGAUUUUUCCUUCAAGCUAUAUGAUAUGGACAAUACAGGAUUUAUCGAACGGAAAGAGGUCAAGCAGAUGCUUAUUGCUCUUCUGAGUGAAUCAGGAAUGAGGUUAUCAGAUGAAACCAUUGAGUCAAUCCUUGACAAGACAUUUUCAGAUGCUGAUGUGAAUCAGGACGGGAAAAUAGAUAGAGCGGAGUGGGAGAACUUUGUCUCACGAAAUCCCUCCUUGAUGAAGAUAAUGACUCUGCCAUACCUAAAGGACAUAACGACCACAUUCCCUAGCUUUGUGUUCAACUCGAAGGUCGACGACAUCGUGACGUGAGCGCCGUGGUUUCUGCGACAUUUUACAAGGCCCGCGCGGAAGAGGGGAAGGACAUGUACAUCUAAUAGUAUAUCAAGGAGAGUAAUUCUUUUUAGAGCAAAAGAAAUUAAUGCAAAGAGGUUAAGGUGAGUGAGGGUUGUAGUAUGAGAA